AUGGGGCUGAACAAGCAAAGCAACAUUUCACCCUCCAAGUCCAAGUCAAAAUCGAAGAAACAACAUAAGAAGGGUCUCUUCUCGCCGCCUGCGAAGGAUGGGUUGAGCGGAGCUUCGUUGGCUGUUUCUUCUCCUCCGCCUCCCGAAACAGUGACACGAACUACUGAAGCUUCUUCAAAGGGGGCCCCAGGUUCUGGUCCUGCUAUCGAUGGCACUGUGGCACCUGAGGUCGCUAUAAGGGUGACUCAGGAGCAAAGUAUGAAUUUUCCGGUGGCUGAAGAAGUCACAAGUCGGUCAGGUUCUGGAUUUCAAAAACCCCAAAAUUUGAUUCCAAAGCAGACACAGAAACUUCCAACUGAAACACCGAAAUUGGUCGCUGCCUCUAACAAGGCUCCGACACAGGAAGCUCAAACAUCCCCAAAUGUGGCUGUGACGAAACCCUCUCUCAUAUCCUCCUCGCAAGCUCCUCUUACAUGGUGCCAGCGCUUCAAAACUGGUUCAUCUACUCUCUCGAAGUGUGGUACUCCUAUCAAGCUUGAUAACGGUGAGCUUUGCGUAACAAUACCCAACAAGGUGAUCGAAGAAAGUAAACCACUUUGGAAGGACUUUGUGAUUGGACAGUUUUACCGCAAAACUCCAUCUUUUGGGAAAAUAAAAGCAGUGAUUGACAUGGUCAAGCAGGUUGGCCCGGUUUUGCGGGAGAAGGGGUUGAGGAAUAAGACGGUGGGUCCUGUUUCAAAUACCCAACAAGUUGGAGGCUCUAAAACAUGGAUCCCACGGGGUAAGGAAAGUGUGGGGAACAAUUUAAUUAUUGCUGCUUCACCGGUGAAAGCGGACAUAAAGAGAAAUCCACCAGAGCAGCACGACAUGGACCUCCUUCCUGAAGUAGACGAAAAAGGAGAAGAGGAGGAAGAAGAAGAAGGAGAGUUUAUAGAGGUAAUCUCUAAGAGAAAUAAGAAGUCCAAGCACCUUAGGAGCAGUCAAGGGAAGGCUCUUAAGAAGGUGGAAGGCAGGGCUUUGAAUCCAAUAGCAGAAAAGUUGGACAGAAUGUUGGGCAAUGAUCAGUGGUUACUCAAGUUUCCAGAUAGCUCUUUCAGCUUUGAAGAACUUCUGUUUUCAGAUAAUGCUGCUUGUUGCUUCAGAAUUCCAGACUUGGCUCCAAAGCCAAAGCGGCCUUUCAAGUUUAAUCUUCACCUGAUACAUCACCCUGAAUUCUUAUCUAUAGUGGAUGAGGCUUGGAGAGGUUUUCGUGUUGUUGGUUCCUCAAUGCAGCAGAAGAGAACUUCUGAAGCUUUGGAGAGUCUCAAGCUUUCUCAACAAGAGCUUCUCUCUAGCCCGUCAACCAUUGCUGCGGAGAGCAAACUUUUUGCCCUGAACAAAUGGAAACAAUUAGCAAAGGCAGAGGAAUAUGCGUAG